GAAGAUGGAAGAUACUGAAGCCAAUUCGGAAACAAGGCUCCAUCAACUUGUAAAAAACUUGACUGCGAUGGAAAAGAGAGAAGGUGCCCUUUUAGAGUUGAGCAAGAAGAGAGAGUCUUUCCCCAACUUAGCUCCAGUCUUAUGGCACUCUUUUGGCACAGUUGCAGCAUUAUUACAAGAACUGGUUGCCAUUUAUCCAUCACUUUCGCCACCUACUUUGACUGCACAUGCCUCUAAUCGUGUCUGUAACGCUUUGGCGUUGUUGCAGUGUGUGGCUUCACAUCCGGAGACAAGAACUCCCUUUCUGAACGCGCAUAUUCCUCUGUUUCUUUAUCCUUUUCUCAACACAGUUUCCAAGACCAGACCUUUUGAAUAUUUGCGUCUCACUUCCUUGGGAGUCAUUGGUGCUUUGGUAAAGAUGGACGACCCAGAAGUAAUAAACUUCUUGCUUACGACGGAAAUAAUCCCGUUAUGCUUGCGAAUUAUGGAGACUGGUUCGGAACUUUCGAAAACAGUUGCUACUUUCAUUUUACAAAAGGUUCUGCUGGACGACUUUGGAUUACAAUAUAUUUGUCAUACAGCAGAAAGAUUUUAUGCUGUAUCCACAACUUCUGAAACACAUAGUUCGCUGUUAUCUCCGUUUGAGUGAUAAUCCUAGAGCAAGGGAAGCACUUCGACAGCAUUUACCAGCCGCGUUACAAAAUGGCACUUU